AUGGCUGUGGUGCUCUCAUUACUAGUCCAGGCCGUUCUCGUGGCAAUUCCGAUUGGUGGCAGCUUAGGGGUACUGUUCGGGAUCGACGCUUACCGAUCAAAUCACGGACAGGCUGCGCUAUUCAGCGGAGAUACUGACGGUAAUGGAAGCGGAGGAUCGACGGGUUCUGGCGGCAGUAGCGCCACCAACAAUGGGGUUAAUCACUCUAUCUACUGCCAGCUAUCCUACGGCAUUACACCAUCCACUACAGGGGAGCAGUUCACAUUAAACCCUAAUCAAUGGGGUGUGACGGACAGCACUUCAGGUGCCCUCUGUAUGAAUGUCACCACAUUCAACAAUGAGACCUAUCCCACGAAAACGACCGCUCCCGAAUUCUCCAUCACAUGGCAAUUCGACCCCGGCCCAGAAACCGCACCAGUGCAUGCGUUCCCCAAUAUUAUGGUCGACGAUGUUCUCCCUAUAGCGCUAGACAAGAUGACGAAGAUCGCAAUGGAUUUCCGGUGGACAUACGGUGUCGGCGAUACCCCCGUGGAAAAUACAAACACAUCCGACCUGACCGCCAACUCGGUCAACGUGAACGUCGCGGUCGAUAUGUUCUUUGACAGCGACAAAACGGCCGCUCAGAACAGCACCAAAGCUAAGUACGAGGUGAUGGUGUGGUUUGCACGAAUUGGCGACGCUACCCAGCCGAACGGCAAUCAGACUUCGACUUCGAGGAAAGUGGGCGAUACAACGUUUGACCUGUGGUCUGGUACAAAUGACGUGAAUCAGAAUGUCCUCACUUGGGUGGCCUCCGAGGUAACCGGGACGUUUAACGGUGAUCUCUAUCCUCUUAUCACUGAUCUAUACGAACUCAGUGGUGAUGACUACCCAUCUAGCACAGACUACAUGGGCAUCUUCAGCUAUGGCUCUGAGGUAUUCUCAUCGGACAAGAAUGUCACUUUCUGGUCGCCAAAAUUGUCAAUAGACAUCCAGAAAUAA